AUGCAUCACAUAAUUGCAUUCCCGCCUAAUUUCAGUGUGCCACCCCCACCUAUCCCGCAGCCACCAGCCCCACUGCCACUCCCUUCUCCGUCCAUGUCGACAUCAUCUGUUCCUUCCACUUCUUUGGAGUCACAUUCGUCUGAUACUGCUGCUGCUGCUGCUACUGCUGCAUUUAUCAGUGCACCUCCACCGCCACCCCCCAUGAUAGGACAACAAUGCUCAUCAGGAACGCGAGGAGCACCAUCGAUAUUGCUAGCAGCAUCGCCAUCGUGUUCGAGCGCUGUAUUCUUGUCGUCGUCACCAACAACGACAACGAUCUUAUCACAUCAUGCCAGCACUUCAUCGAAUCAACUUCUUUUGAAUACUGCAUCUGCUAGUGCCACAAAUAAAGCACAGCAGUCAGCAGUGAGUUCGAAGCAUCAUUUCUCGUCGACCACCACAUCAACACUCCAACAACAACAACCUUCCAGUUGUGAGUUUGUGAACUUGAAAUUGUGUGAUACACUGAUCCCAAAAAGCAAUUCAUCUGCACAUAUUUCAGCAGCAACAUCGCACAAUACUGAUACUGCUCUUUCGAAUGCUGCUAAAGGGAAUGUCGCUGGUGCGGAUAAGGUGAGCAGCAGUAGUGCUCGUGAAAGUGCACCGUUGCAACGCGCCUCUCUAACAUCCUCUUCAAAACAUUCUUCUUCAUCUUCUCAUAAUGAUCGCUCGAAACAUAACGAUUCCAACACCAAAUCUCUAAGUGAUCUAUUCCGCCAACAGGCUCAAGAUACAUCAGAGAUUCGUAAGCGACAAAUUAUGCAGAAAGCAAAAUGUGAUGAAUCAAGUGAUGUGAAACAGGAGAAAUCGUCGUCGUAUUCAGAAACACUACCGGAAAGGGGUAUUUUCAAAGGCGAUAAAUUAGCACGUGAUAGUCAAAAGGAUCGAAGAAGAGAACAAACUGAGAGCAGUGUCAAUGGUCAUCAUAGUGCGGUUAAUGCGGAUAAGAAGGAUAAUGACAAAAGUCAGCAAAAUCGCGAUUCAAAAGAGCAUCAUCACCAACGAAACAAAGAUAUGAAUACGACGGCGACCAUUGAUCGCGCUAGUCGCGAUAAGAAGCAACAGUCGAAAGAUGAUAAAGAAAAACAACGAGGCAGCAGCAAAACCAACAACAGCGACAGAUCAAAAGAGAAAUCAGUCAAUAAAGCCAAAAAGGAAGAAGAACGCAAAAAACGUGAACAAAAAGAAAAGGAACGGAAGAGGAAAGAAAAGCAGAAGGAGAGGAAACAACGGAAGAAUAAUAGUAACACUUCUGCUUUGAAAGAUUCUGAUGAUGAAAGUGAUUCGGAUGAAAGUGAAUCGUCAAGUUCUGAUGAACAAAUUAAUAUUCAUGUUAGUUUUGUUUGA